AUGGGGAAGGGGCUUGAUACUUGUCUCGUGGAGACAGUGGAGGACAUAGAAAAGCAGCUGGACAAGAUACAGGAGCUGCCAGAGAGCGACAGCUAUCCACUCUUCCACCUGCUGCCAGAGGUGGUGCAGCACUAUGCCAAGCUCCUGACGCUGCCGAACGAGCUCAAGGGGUUUGUUGUCAGCAGACGGUCACCAGAGGAGUGUCUCAGGCUGUCCAAAGAGGUGGCCAUUGCCACCUAUGAAGGUGCUCGCAGGCUUCUGGGCGAUGCAGAAGCUGUGGUCUGUGUGCCACCUCCUGAGCUCCUGCAGGAACCUGAAUUCAAGACACGGGCGCUGUGGGAGGGCAUGGCGGUGUUGCGGCCCUGGGAUGAGAUCCCAGCAGAUGUGCUCGCCAUGGAGCCGCAAAUAGUGCCUGAAGAGGCCACAAAAGACGGCACCCUCAACGAUGAGCAGAAGGAGAUCCUGCAGGAGGUGCAAGCGUUGGUGGACAUUGCUGAAUUCAUGCACUACUGGAGUAGGAGAGGGUGCACCCUGGAGCUAGAAACUGAGUACCAGAUUUAG